CAGCUUUGUGCUUUCUUCCAUCAUUCACAGCAAAUGAAGCUCGUUCGUUGCCUUUAUCUCUCCCGGUAGCACUGCGACGACUUAGUCACUGGUCGGUCGAACAACAAUGGCCUUCACCCCUGCUUCGUUGAACUUACCCGGCCAUCAUUUUCCUUCUCCCAUUACCAAUUUCCUCAAAUCGAAACCAUCGAGACGUCCCUCUUUGCCACGAAAUUCCGCCAUAAACAGCAAUGAGCCCUCCCCAUCCAAGGCCACCUUGCAAAGUUCAUCAUUUCCAGGAAAGCCAGAAGCGGAUGUUGUUGUGAUCGGGAGUGGGAUUGGAGGCCUUUGUUGUGCAGCACUUCUAGCUAGAUAUGAGAAGGAUGUUCUUGUAUUAGAAAGCCAUGAUUUGCCUGGUGGUGCAGCCCAUUCAUUUGAUAUCAAGGGUUUUAAAUUUGAUUCUGGACCAUCUCUCUUCUCAGGCUUUCAGUCUAGAGGUCCUCAGGCUAAUCCUCUUGCACAGGUUCUUGAUGCAUUGGGAGAGUCUAUUCCAUGUGUUAACUAUGACUCUUGGAUGGUUUAUAUACCUGAAGGUGAAUUCCUAUCACGAAUUGGACCAACUGAAUUUUUCAAGGACCUUGAGAAGUAUGCAAGUCCUGCUGCUGCCCGUGAAUGGAAAAAGCUACUUGAUGCUAUUCUUCCACUGUCUGCAGCUGCAAUGGUUCUACCUCCCCUCUCGAUUAGGGGAGAUUGGGGUGUUAUCUCAACUGCUGCUACUAGAUAUGGACCAUCUGUUCUAAAAUCUCUUGCCCAAAUGGGCCCUCAAGGGGCAAUUGGUGCGACAAAGCUUCUGAAACCGUUCUCAGAAGUUGUCGACUCGCUGGAGCUAAAGGAUCCCUUUGUACGGAAUUGGAUUGAUCUCCUAUCGUUCUUGCUGGCUGGGGUGAAAUCAGAUUCUGUUCUUUCAGCAGAGAUGAUAUAUAUGUUUGCAGAAUGGUAUAAGCCAGGUUGCAGUCUAGAGUAUCCUCUUAAUGGAAGUGGUGAAGUUGUUGAUGCUCUUGUCCGUGGACUACAGAAAUUUGGUGGGCGCAUCUCUUUUAAAAGUCAUGUCGAAAACAUUGUUGUUGAAAAUGGUCAAGCUGCAGGUGUGAAGUUAAGAAAUGGUCAAUUUAUUCGUGCUAAGAAAGCCGUUGUUAGCAAUGCAUCCAUGUGGGACACAUUGGACUUGUUGCCAAAGGAAGUUAUUCCAUCGUCGUACCAGAACAGAAUCAAUACGACACCUCAAUGUGACUCGUUUAUGCAUUUGCAUUUAGGCUUUGAUGGAAAGGGUUUGCGUGAUGACCUAGGCAUUCACCAUAUUGUUGUGAAUGACUGGGAUAGAGGAGUUGACGCUGAACAAAAUGUUGUAUUGAUAUCGGUUCCUAGCGUUCUUGAUCCAAAUCUUGCACCACCUGGGAAACAUGUGUUGCAUGCAUAUACUCCAGGAACUGAACCGUUUGCAAUUUGGGAAGGACUUGAUCGCCAGAGUUCCGAGUACAAGAAACUCAAAGCCGAAAGAUCUGAGGUAUUGUGGAGAGCAGUGGAGAGAGUACUUGGGGGAGAUUUUGAUCGUGAGAAGUGUGAAGUGAGGUUAGUUGGAACUCCAUUAACACACAAAAGGUUUCUUCGAAGGAAUAGAGGAACAUAUGGCCCUGCUAUAAAAGCUGGAAAAGACUCGUUUCCUAUGCAUUCAACUCCAGUUUCACAGCUUUAUUGUUGUGGAGAUUCUACCUUUCCUGGUAUUGGUGUCCCUGCUGUUGCUGCAAGUGGUGCCAUUGUCGCAAAUACUUUGGUGUCUGUAACUCAACAUUCCCAACUUUUGGAUGCAAUCGGUAUCUAAUUCUCUAAGUGGGAUUUCGUUGACUAUGGCGAGAUGAGGACUGCGAUUUAGAUGUACGAAAAAGGAGGAUGUAACUUUGUAUUUGUAAGAACUUACAAAUUUGUUGAUAUUAUCUUUUUUUGUUAUUAAUUAUAAUACCAGCAAUUCCAUUUUAAAAGAAAAUCUAACAUGUAAGAUUGUGUUGCGAUAAAGAUGGUAAUUAUAAUGUCACACGAUUUUC